GAUGCCGCAAUGGCAGAGUUUGGGCGUGCAGCCCCAUAUCUCCGCAAAUCAGAUAAGGAACGUUUAGAAGCCCAGACUCGCCCAUUUGACAUGAAAAAAGAGUGUUUUGUGCCUGACCCUGAGGUUGAGUACGUAAAAGCUUCCAUUACCAGUAGAGACGGGAACAAAGUCACCGUGCAAACUGAGCAGGGAAAGACAGUGACUGUGAAGGAGGAUGAUGUCCAUCCUCAGAACCCGCCAAAGUUUGAUAAAAUUGAGGACAUGGCGAUGUUCACCUUCCUCCAUGAACCUGCUGUGCUGUUUAACCUCAAAGAGCGUUAUGCAGCAUGGAUGAUCUAUACGUAUUCAGGCCUGUUCUGUGUGACUGUCAACCCCUACAAGUGGCUGCCAGUAUACGAUCAGUCAGUGGUCACUGCCUACAGAGGCAAAAAGAGAACUGAGGCUCCUCCUCACAUCUUCUCCAUCUCUGACAAUGCCUACCAGUACAUGCUCUCAGACAGAGAGAACCAAUCAAUCCUUAUUACUGGAGAAUCUGGUGCAGGAAAGACUGUGAACACCAAGAGAGUCAUCCAGUACUUUGCCAGCAUUGCAGCAGUGUCUGGCAAAAAGGAUGCUGCUCAGGAGAAAAAGGGCACCCUGGAGGAUCAAAUCAUCCAGGCCAACCCUGCUCUGGAGGCUUUUGGAAAUGCCAAGACCAUCAGAAAUGACAACUCUUCCAGAUUUGGAAAAUUCAUCCGAAUCCACUUUGGGGUUAGCGGCAAGCUGGCCUCUGCUGACAUUGAGACAUAUCUUCUGGAGAAGUCCCGUGUCACUUACCAGCUUAAGGCUGAGAGAGACUAUCAUAUCUUCUAUCAGAUUCUGUCCCAAAGGAAACCAGAACUUUUGGAGAUGCUGCUCAUCACCAACAACCCUUAUGACUAUGCCUACAUCUCUCAAGGGGAGACAACUGUGGCUUCUAUUAAUGAUGCAGAGGAGCUUAUGGCAACAGAUGAUGCCUUUGAUGUGCUGGGCUUCACCCAAGAGGAGAAGAAUGGCAUUUACAAGUUGACCGGUGCUAUCAUGCACUUUGGCAACACAAAGUUCAAACAGAAGCAAAGGGAGGAGCAAGCUGAGGCUGAUGGCACUGAAGAUGCUGACAAAGUUGCUUAUCUGAUGGGCUUGAACUCUGCUGAUCUAAUCAAGGGUCUAUGUCACCCAAGAGUCAAAGUGGGAAAUGAAUGGGUCACCAAGGGUCAAAAUGUCCAGCAGGUAUACUACGCUAUUGGUGCACUGUCCAAGUCAGUGUAUGAGAAAAUGUUCCUGUGGAUGGUGGUGAGAAUCAACCAAUCUCUAGAUACAAAGCAACCUCGCCAGUACUUCAUUGGUGUGCUGGACAUUGCUGGAUUUGAGAUCUUUGAUUUCAACACCUUUGAGCAACUGUGCAUCAACUUCACUAAUGAGAAGCUGCAACAGUUCUUCAACCACCACAUGUUUGUGCUGGAGCAAGAGGAGUACAAGAAAGAAGGAAUUGAGUGGGAGUUCAUUGACUUUGGAAUGGAUUUGCAAGCUUGUAUUGAGCUGAUUGAAAAACCCAUGGGUAUCAUGUCCAUCCUUGAAGAGGAGUGCAUGUUCCCCAAAGCCAGUGAUGCAACAUUCAAGGCUAAGCUGUAUGACAACCAUCUAGGAAAAUCACCCAACUUCCAGAAACCCAGGAUUGUUAAAGGGAAACCAGAGGCUCAUUUUGCUCUGGUUCACUAUGCUGGCACUGUUGAUUACAACAUCGGUAACUGGCUGGUGAAGAACAAGGACCCACUGAAUGAGACUGUGGUAGGACUAUACCAGAAGUCAACUCUUAAGUUGUUGGCACUGCUCUUUGCUGGUUAUGCUGGUGCAGAUUCUGAGUCUGGAGGCGGAAAGGGAGGCAAAGGUGGAGGCGGUAAGAAGAAGGGUUCCUCGUUCCAAACUGUCUCUGCAUUGCAUAGGGAGAACCUGAACAAACUCAUGACCAACUUGAGGUCAACUCACCCCCACUUUGUGCGAUGCAUCAUCCCCAAUGAGACCAAGACUCCUGGGGCCAUGGAGAAUCCCCUGGUCAUGCACCAGCUGCGCUGUAAUGGUGUGCUGGAAGGCAUCAGGAUCUGUAGAAAAGGAUUUCCCAACAGGAUCCUUUAUGGCGAUUUUAAACAACGGUAUCGUAUUCUGAAUCCAGCUGCUAUACCUGAGGGACAAUUCAUUGACAAUAAGAAGGGAGCAGAAAAACUACUGGGCUCCCUGGAUAUUGACCACCAGCAAUAUAAACUAGGACACACAAAGGUGUUCUUUAAAGCUGGACUUCUAGGUCAGCUUGAAGAAAUGAGAGAUGACCGUUUGGCCUUGAUCCUCACAGGCAUCCAGGCCUUUUCCCGUGGUAUCCUUGCUAGGAUUGAGUUCCAGAAAAUUGUUGAACGCAGGGAUGCCUUACUUGUGAUCCAGUGGAACAUACGUGCCUUCAUGGGAGUCAAGAAUUGGCCCUGGAUGAAGAUGUACUUCAAGAUCAAGCCACUGCUAAAAUCAGCUGAGACUGAAAAAGAGAUGGCAAACAUGAAGGAAGAAUUUGCAAAGCUCAAAGAGGCUUAUGCUAAAUCAGAGGCCCGCAAGAAGGAGUUGGAGGAAAAAAUGGUAUCACUUCUCCAAGAGAAGAAUGACCUGCAACUCCAAGUCCAAUCGGAGCAAGACAAUCUCUCAGAUGCUGAAGAGCGCUGUGAGGGUCUGAUCAAGAGCAAGAUCCAGCUUGAGGCCAAAGUUAAAGAGCUGACAGAGAGACUGGAGGAUGAAGAGGAGAUGAAUGCAGAGCUGACUGCUAAGAAGAGGAAACUGGAGGAUGAGUGUUCAGAACUGAGGAAAGACAUUGAUGAUCUGGAGCUCAGUCUGGCUAAAGUGGAAAAAGAGAAGCAUGCUACUGAGAACAAGGUGAAAAACCUGACUGAGGAAAUGUCAGCAUUGGACGAAAUCAUUGCCAAGCUGACCAAAGAAAAGAAAGCCCUUCAGGAAGCUCAUCAGCAAACACUGGAUGAUCUGCAGAGCGAAGAAGACAAAGUCAAUACUCUGACUAAAGCAAAAGCCAAGCUGGAGCAGCAGGUUGAUGAUCUUGAGGGGUCACUGGAACAAGAGAAAAAAGUGAGGAUGGAUCUGGAAAGAGCCAAGAGAAAGCUAGAGGGUGACUUAAAGUUAACCCAAGAAAAUGUGAUGGAUCUGGAGAAUGACAAGCAGCAGCUAGAGGAAAGGCUCAAAAAGAAAGACUUUGAAAUUAGUGUCCUUAAUAGCAAGAUUGAGGAUGAACAGUCCAUGGGUGCCCAGCUCCAGAAGAAACUGAAAGAGCUGCAGGCCCGCAUUGAGGAGCUGGAGGAAGAGCUUGAGGCAGAGAGAGCUGCACGAGCCAAGGUGGAGAAACAGAGGGCAGAUUUGUCCAGAGAGCUGGAGGAGAUCAGUGAAAGGCUGGAGGAGGCUGGUGGAGCCACUGCUGCCCAGAUUGAGAUGAACAAGAAGAGGGAGGCUGAGUUCCAGAAGGUGCGCAGAGACCUUGAAGAGGCCACUCUGCAACAUGAAGCCACCGCUGCUGCACUGAGAAAGAAGAAUGCUGACAGUGUGGCUGACCUGGGAGAGCAGAUUGACAACCUUCAGAGAGUCAAGCAGAAGCUGGAGAAGGAGAAGAGUGAGCUCAGACUGGAGCUUGAUGAUGUGGUCUCCAACAUGGAGCAGAUCGCCAAAGCCAAAACAAACUUAGAGAAAAUGUGCCGCACUCUUGAAGAUCAAAUGAAUGAAUACAGGACAAAAUCUGAAGAAGGCCACCGUACCAUCAACGAUUUCACCAUGCAAAAAGCAAAACUUCAAACCGAAAACGGCGAGCUUGCCAGACAGCUUGAAGAGAAGGACUCUCUUGUCUCCCAGCUAACCAGAGGAAAGCAGUCAUACACUCAGCAGAUUGAAGACCUCAAGAGACAACUGGAGGAGGAAGUCAAGGCCAAGAAUGCACUUGCCCAUGCAGUGCAGUCUGCUCGUCAUGACUGUGACCUGCUGAGGGAGCAGUAUGAGGAGGAGCAGGAGGCCAAGGCUGAGCUGCAACGCAGCAUGUCCAAGGCCAACUCUGAGGUGGCUCAGUGGAGAACCAAGUAUGAAACUGAUGCCAUCCAGAGGACUGAAGAGCUAGAAGAGGCAAAGAAAAAGCUAGCCCAGCGUUUACAGGACGCAGAGGAAGCUGUGGAGGCUGUUAAUGCAAAAUGCUCCUCCCUGGAGAAAACUAAACACAGGCUCCAGAAUGAGAUUGAAGAUCUCAUGGUGGAUGUAGAGAGAUCUAAUGCUGCUGCAGCAGCUCUGGACAAGAAACAAAGAAACUUUGAUAAGGUCCUUGCAGAGUGGAAACAGAAGUAUGAGGAGUCCCAGACUGAGCUGGAAAGUGCUCAGAAAGAAUCCAGAUCUCUCAGCACUGAGCUCUUCAAACUCAAGAACUCUUAUGAAGAGUCUCUGGAUCAUCUGGAGACCAUGAAGAGAGAAAACAAGAACCUUCAAGAGGAAAUUUCUGACCUGACUGAGCAACUUGGUGAGGGAGGAAAGAGCAUCCAUGAGUUGGAGAAAAUCCGUAAACAGCUGGAACAGGAGAAGGCUGAGAUUCAGUCUGCACUGGAGGAAGCUGAGGGCUCACUAGAACAUGAAGAAGGAAAGAUCCUUCGGGCUCAGCUUGAGUUCAACCAAGUUAAGGCUGACAUUGAGCGUAAACUGGCUGAGAAGGAUGAGGAGAUGGAGCAGGUCAAGAGGAACCAGCAGAGAGUGGUGGACACUCUGCAAAGCUCUCUGGAAGCUGAGACUCGCAGUAGAAAUGAGGCACUAAGGCUGAAGAAGAAGAUGGAGGGAGAUCUGAAUGAGAUGGAGAUCCAGCUCAGCCAGGCCAACAGGCAGGCAGCAGAGGCUCAGAAGCAGCUCAAGGGUCUCCAUUCACAUCUCAAGGACUCCCAGAUACAGCUGGAUGAUGCUCUUCGUGCCAAUGAUGACCUGAAGGAGAACAUUGCCAUUGUGGAGAGACGCAACAAUCUGCUGCAGGCUGAACUUGAUGAGCUGAGGUCUCUGGUGGAGCAGACUGAGAGAGGUCGCAAACUGGCUGAGCAGGAACUGCUGGAUGUCAGUGAGAGAGUUCAGCUGCUGCACUCUCAGAACACCAGCCUGUUGAACCAGAAGAAGAAGCUUGAAGGUGACACAGCCCAGCUUCAGAAUGAAGUGGAAGAGGCUGUGCAGGAGUGUAGAAAUGCUGAGGAGAAAGCCAAGAAGGCCAUCACUGAUGCUGCCAUGAUGGCAGAGGAGCUGAAGAAGGAGCAGGACACCAGUGCUCACCUGGAGCGCAUGAAAAAGAACAUGGAGCAAACCAUCAAGGACCUGCAACACCGUUUGGAUGAAGCUGAGCAAAUCGCCAUGAAAGGUGGCAAGAAACAGAUUCAGAAGCUGGAGGCUAGGGUGAGAGAGCUGGAAAAUGAAGUAGAGAUGGAGCAAAAGAAAAGCAGUGACUCUGUAAAAGGCAUCCGCAAAUAUGAAAGACGCAUAAAGGAGCUCACUUACCAGACUGAGGAGGAUCGCAAAAAUUUGUCCCGUCUCCAGGACCUGGUGGAUAAACUUCAACUCAAGGUCAAAUCCUACAAGAAAGCAGCAGAAGAAGCUGAGGAACAAGCUAACACCAACCUGACUAAGUUCCGUAAGCUGCAACAUGAGCUGGAUGAGGCAGAGGAGAGGGCUGACAUCGCUGAGUCACAGGUCAACAAGUUGAGAGCCAAGAGCCGCGAUGUUGGUUCUAAGAAAGGACAUGAUGAAGAGUGAAGCUCUGUCGUGGGCCGUCCUGCUCAUCCUCUGCAUGUCUCAUGGUGGAAAUAAUUUCCUCCAGUAGGCUAUUAGAGCUAUAAUAGAAUAAAGUGAAA